AUGGCCCCGGCCUCAUCGCCAGAGUCCAGCACCGCCGCCGCCCUGCCUUCACUGCUGCUCCUCCCGUCGCCUCCACGCCCGGCCAGCAGAGCCGCCCUCCGCGCCGCGUACCAUCUCCCGCUCUCCACCGUCCUCACCCGCCUCAGCGACGAGCACAAGCUCGCCUGCUCCUCGGCGGCGUCGGCCGCUUCACCGCCCCCUUCGGCUCCCGUCCUUGCCGUCGCCGUCGCCUCUCCCGUCCUCGCCGGCCCCGCCUCCGCCCCGAAGCGGCGCUCCGUCCGGUGGUCGCCGUCGCAGACCCUCCUCGCGCGGCUUUACACCCUCGUCGCGUCCAUCUGCGCCGAGCAUGGCAUCGCGACGGACCUCGCCGGCGACGACCCGGGCACCGUAGACGCGCGCAUCCUGCUCGUCGACCACGAGCGCGGCCGCAAGCCCUCGUGGUACCUCGAGCAGGCGCAGAUGCAAGGGAGGGACCGUCGCUACUCGCCCACCUGCACGACCGUCCUCGACCUCGCCACCUUUGCGGCCACGACGGGGCCCUGGAAGACGGUGUUUCACCCAAGCGGCGAGCCCGGCUACGAGCUGCUCGCGGCCUACCUGGACCUCGCGACGGGGUGCGGGCGCACCCUUCUCCAGAAGCAAAUUGUCGCUGUCAAGGGCGGGCUGAGUUUCUGCGUCCCCGCGCGGGCAGCCGAUGGCACGGAUGCGGGAGAGGGUCAAAGCAAACACCAGACGGAGAGCAGGAUCCGCGAUGGGGUGUCUGCUACAACCGCGGGCACGGUCCCCGCAACCGUGACGGGAGGCAGUCCAGACGCUGUUGAGGGCUACCGGUCCAUCUGCAUCGGCGGCACCUUUGACCACCUCCACCCAGGGCACAAGCUUCUCCUCCACGCGGCGGCCCUGCUCCUGCGCGUGCCCAUGAUGGAGGACGACAGGGACGCCUCGCCGUGCAUCUUCAUCGUCGGCGUGUCGGGCGACGAGCUGCUGAAGCGGAAAAAAUACGCCCAAGAGCUGCAGUCGUGGGAGGUGCGCUCGCGCUCGACGCUCGAUUUCCUCGCCACGAUCCUGGGCGAGCCUUCCACUGCGACCCUACACAUCACGGACACGGGCGAAAGCGCAGCAGCAGCAGCAGCAGCAACAGGCCGGACAGGCGCGACGGAGGAUGCGCCGACGCCUCGUGAGCUCCAGGGCUCGUUUCGCAACGGCGCCAUCCUCGUCCGCUGCGUCGACCUGCGCGACCCCUUUGGCCCGCCCAUCUGGGAGGAGGGCGUCGACGCCAUCGUCGUCUCGGCCGAGACGAGGGGCGGCGCGACGGCCAUCAACGACAGGAGGGCCCAGCGGCAGUGGCACCCGCUCGACGCCUACGAGAUUGACGUGCUCGGCGAGCGCGACGACGACGACGACGGCGAAGGCGGCGACAGCGAGGGGGAGGGCGAGGGCGGUGCGGACAAGAAAGCGGCCACCGAGGCGGCGAGGAUAGCUGCCAAGAUCAGCAGCACCGAGAUACGGAGGCAAAAGGCAGAGGCACGCGCCCGCCGGGGGCAUCUGUAG